AGACUUGACCCCCGGGAUCUGUGUCGAUUACCAGGAACGGUGUAGUUUAUUGUUAGAUUGAAGCAACUGUGACCAUCACAGUUCAGUAUGUAAAACAUUGUCCAUCAUCGUUGACAAGUGUCAUUUGUGAUAUGCGGUUAACGUUAGCUAACAACGAUGGCAUGGCGAUUGACGUUAGUAGAAAGUAGGAGAGAUAACUUUCAUGUCUUUCUUGUCAGAUGCUAGGAGCGCAUCAUGCAAAUGUUAGGCUGUGGAUUUAUGUGCAAAUCAAUUAAUUCAGGCUAAGCUACUGGGUUCCCUGCUAGGGUGCGUCUAGAUUUCUAGACUAGGUUCCCUGUGUAAUUUCGAAAAACGCACAGUGAGCUUGAUGUCCAACUGUCCUCCACAACCUUUAGUGGAUGAUGUCCGUCAUGACGUGCUGGAAAUACCAACGCUGACACAUCCCAGUAUCCUACUGUGUGCACGCAAAUCUGUCAAUUAAUCCUGCUAUUUGUAGUCAAUCCUACCAGUUGAGUGUCAGUGGUUGAUCCUAACACAUUGGUGCUUGUGGCAUUUCUUGAUCACCGAAACAACCCGUGGCACUGUGAAGCACUUAAAAUUCAGCAUUUUAGAGGCAGAAAGAAUAGAUGUUACAGCUUGGCAGUACGCGCUGUAAGAAGGGCCUUUGUUUAUGCCACUAAAGGCCGACAGCUGAAGAGGCGCACCAUGCGGACGCUGUGGAUCUCGCGAAUUGCAGCAGCUACACGUGAACUUGGCUUGAAGUAUCCAGUCCUUGUAGACAACCUGGUGAAGAGUAGUGUUCAGUUGAACAGGAAGGUUCUGAGCGACUUAGCGAUUAACGAGCCCCGGACAUUCCAGUCACUUGCCAAGCUGGCACAGGCCCGGCAGCAGGAGGGUUUCCGUGCAGCCCUGGGGAGUGGCUCAGAACCUCCUGGCGUCCUGUCCCGCGUCGUCCUCCUCCAGUGAUGCCCCCCCCCCCCCCCCCCCCCCCUUCACCUCAUGCAGCAUCCCCAGCACACCGAUGCAACACAUCGCUGACUCCGCUGAUCCUGAAGCUAGGUGUCACCUAGUCACACACACACACAGAUUCCUACUCGCAGGUUCAGGUGAGCCUCUGCCUCCAAGUAGAACUGUCUCUCUCUCCUAGACCUUACAGAGGAGCUGAUGAGAUUGACCUUCUGUGAAGUCUUUCUUCUGGAAAGAAAAUAUUUAUGGAAUUUGUUUUUGUAUGAGACAGGAGUUUUUAUAAAAGAGAAUGUUUACCUCUUGACUCCUUUGUGUAAUGCCUUGUUUUGUGUAUAUAUGUGCAAUUGCUGUAUUGUAUCCUGUUCAUAAAAGUGAAUAAAACCUUUGUUAUCCUUA